AUGGGAAGGCGGCGCAGUGGCAGAACGAGGCAGGAAGAGCGGCGCCCGUGCGCGGACGGCGCAGAGACGCAGAGUGCCAGUGGGCGAAGGCCGCGCGGCUGCCGCGACGCGGGCGCCGCGUCCGUCCGCCCGUACGUCCGCCCGUCCGCGUCAGCGGCAUUGCGUGUUCCGCUCAUAGCGUCCGCUAUCGCCACCUGUGUUGCAACACUGACGCCGAAGUCCAUGGAACCGCUCGAAGGCAACGUGUUUGCCGUCGAAGCGCUGCUGAAGGAACGUAAACGUAAGGGAAAAACCGAAUAUCUCGUCAAAUGGAAAGGUUGGGGGAACAAGCACAACACUUGGGAACCUCGUGAGAAUGUAUUGGAUGACCGACUGUUUGACGAAUUUCAAAAGCACAAGCAAAAAAAUAAGAAGAGAAGUUCAAGUGGAAGUGUGGGAAAAAAGUCUGACACCACCACACCACCAACAAAAAGGCCGCGCCGAUUAGCUGGUGGUGACAUUCGCGAUGAAAGUAGUGAGAGCAGUGACCAUGAUGACGAGACAGAAUCGCCAUCAACGUCAACGCAAGCUAAAGAGAGCAAGGAAUCGGACUUUGAUCAGAGUAUCGUUUCGGGAGAAAGGUCAGAUGCUGACUUGCCGUCAGAGCGUGAAGAACCUCGUUCCGAUGAUACUUCCACACCAGCAGAGCUGUCAGAAAUAAAGACCACUUUCAAGAAUAAAGCCGGUAGAAAUAAGCGGAUAUCGGUUGGAGUAAAGCACGAAGAAGAUCGUGUUCACCUAGCGGAAGAACUUUGUGAAAAAUCCUUUGGCGUAGACGACUCUGGAGACGCCCAGUCGAUGCUAAAGCAACUCACAGAACAGGAUUACCUCGUGGGUCAUGUGACCUCGGUGAUGGAGUCAGGAAAGGAUGGGACACUGAAGGAGAAAGCUUUCAUUGCGGGUGGCACGAGUCAGACCGAAGGAUUGCAACAGAUUCAGCUGUGCGAAAAUGACGAGAAAAGACUGCGAAUUGAAGCGAUCAAAAAUGAGAUACGGUCGGAAACGAAACCCAUACAAACUUGUGUGGGGAAGUCAACGCUGCCUCCAAUGAGGUGCACAAAGGCUUUUGCUAGCUUAAAGGGCAUAGGAAGUGAGUAUGAAACGAAGAACGUGGUCCGUUAUGCUUUGAAGUUCUCAUCAGUAGUGGUAUUCGUGUUUAAACCGAUGUCUGGGUAUUGGGAACAGACAAUGAGGAGUGUAAGCGUUGUUUCUUCUUCCUUUCUUUCUGGUUUUCGUCGCUUUCAUAGUCAGACGCAAUUCAUACUUUCGCGCCUCGUGAAUGGCGGCUGCCGCGACGACGGCGGUGGCAUUUGGACGAGUUCGCGCAAUGAUCAUAAAGUUCCAGACUGGCUGGCCGCCCUUCAUAAGAACAUUAACGGCUAA